AAGGUUACAACUACCAGAUUCAAUCGAAUGGCACUGUGUCGUCGGCCCAUACUAUACCUAUAUUUUACAUGUUACACAAAACUCACGAUCACUGUUAUCCGUUAUCAGAGAUAUUUUAUUUCAGACAUUUCAGUUGUAACACUGCUUAGUUCAGUAGGUAGUUAGUAAACAAAAUUAUUGCUCUCGUUAGAUUUUUCGUUUGGACUGCUCACUUCGCUUACGUUUUGCUUUUCGUAAUAUCGUUAUUACUUUUUUUGAAAUAAUAGUGGGUUUAAUUUGUAUUUUUUUUUUUUAAAUGUUUAAUUUAUUUAAAUAAACUUAAAGUGCUGUGAAUUUAGUUGACUACAUUAACAAACGUAACUUUCUACUUUCAUAUGUACAAUUUUAAUGAAAUAAAGUUUAAAAAUGCGCGUUGAUUGGACAUUCUAGACCAAUGUAUUACGCAUCAAUUAAGUAAUAAUUCUGGAUUUCUAACGAUGUCUACAGCUACAAGCAGUGAUAAUUCAGACAUCAUUAGUAAAAUUCAAAAAAUAGCUGAAGAGAGUGGAAACAACGUUUUAGUGCGUAAAAUUGUGUGUACUGAAAAAAUUAUAGACAUUCCUUACAAUAAGAAAAAGUAUUCUGAAAUAUCCAUAUCAUCAUUAAGUAGUUCUUCAGAGUCAAAUAUUUCAGAUUCUGAUACUGACAAUAGUUCAGAUUUGAACAGCGACGUGAACGAAAAAUUACAGGACAAGUGUGACGAACAAGUACAAAAUAUUGAAACACAUUUUUAUUUCUUAAAAGAAAUGUUGUAUAGUGAAAGAAUAAGAGAAGUUGAAGAGAAGUUAGUAGAAGUGAGAUUAGGUACAGCUAAAGAAUACCGUAUACCUUUACAAGAAUUACAAGAUCAAAUGAAAUCUCGACUUGAAGUAGCAUCUGUACUAAGACAAUUUAAAUUAACAAAUUUAAAACAUAAAUAUGAAGCAGAAGAACAAGCAAUAAGACAAAAUUUUGAGAAUAAUAAAGAAAUUUUAUAUGAUACUAUAAAAGCUGAUUUAGAAGAAAAAAUUCAGCGAUUAGAAGAAGCACGUAAUGAAGUAGAUAUAGAUGCCUCUCUUUGGUUAGGUCGUAGUUUAACUCGUAGUGGACGAGGACGUGGAAGACGUCCAUAUGGGCAUGUACAACCCAAGCGGAAACCUGUUAUUGUAUCUGGACCAUGUAUAGUGUACAACCUUAGAGAACAUGAAAUACUUGAAGAUUGGACCACAAUCAAAAAGUUGUUAUCAUCAUCAAAACGAAAAGAAAAUGCAGUGCAACGAUAUAAACCAUAUGAAUACUGCAAUAAAGUAUUUCAGCGAACCAUCAUAAAUUAUUUGUCUAGUAACUGGGUACUGUGGAGUUUUGGAUGAUUGGUAUUGAUGCUGUCUUGAGUAGAGACCUUGACUAAAUGGACUAGAGUUACUGAUUGGAUAUUUUGUUUGUAUUACUCUUUCUAGAAAAUUAUUAAACUUUGAUGUUGCUACUGUACUUGGUUCCAAUGAUUUUGAAUCAUGACAAUUCUAAGCAACAUACAGUAAUACAUAUUAAAUAUUUGAUAAGAGAAUAUAUACAACAAUGCAAUAUUUACAAUUAAUAUUUCAUCAGCACCGCAUUCUGCAGCAACAGUAGAAGGCGACUUCUUACCACGUUCUGGAGCCAUAUCCAAUUUGGUACCACAGACUAAAAUAGACUGAUUACAACAUACGGAAACAUCAACAUUGGUUAUACUAUUAAUUUAUUUUUAUAGUCAUUAAACAUUUACCCGAAUCUCCAACAACCAACACUUUAACGCUGUCGGUUGAAGCCAUUGAUAUCUCCAUUUUUAAAAGAAUAUUUAAACGACGACUCAAUAAUGUUUAGCAACUGAAAUAUUGGAAAUAGAAUAUUCUAAACUCCACAACAAUAGUGCGAAACGAAAGCGAUAUCCGACAAAAUGUAAAGAUAUGACAAAAGAAAACAAUGAUUACACCUUAUGGCUUACACGACUGUUUGAAAAAAAAUAUGUAUAAUGACUAAUUUGCAUAAUUAUGAAUAAAUCAUUUAAUUAUCA